AUGCUCACUCUCUUUGCCUUGACCUCACUGUCACAACUCAAUCCAGACCUGGAGACCGCUGGUAUAAAAUGCAGGGUUCAGUGGACAAAAAGCCCUUCCUUCAGUAUGACAGUGACAGCAACAAUUUCAGACCUUUGGGUCUCCUGGGGCAGAAGGUGAAUGCCACCAAAGCAUGGACAGAACUGACAGAGACACUGGAAGAGGUGGGGUAAGAGCUCAGGAUGAUCCUUCCUGAUAUAAAACUGGAGAACAGCAUGACCAGGGGUCCUCCCUCCCUGGACAACCAGCUGUGUUGUCAGCAUGAAGCAGAACGGUGCCCCACUGCAUCCUGGUGCUUCAACAUCAAUGGAGAGGUGGCCCUCCUCUUUGACGCUAUGAGCAUGACCUGGACAGUCAUGAACCCUGGAGCCAGAGGCAUCAAGGAGGAGUGGGAGGACAAGGGACUGUCUGACUAUUUCAGGAGGAUCUCCAUGGGAGACUGCAAUCACUGGCUCAGGGCAUUCUUAGAACACUGGGAGAAAGUGCUGGAACCCCCAG